CCUUUUUUAUAAAUACAAUUUUCGUCGUUUAAAUAAAAUGUCAAUUAAAAUUUCCCACCGGCUGUGCGGAGUGAAAACGCGGUUCAAAUGGAUUUGCCCUUCGGCACACAGACUCCGGAGCUGGACGUACUGAUUGUGGGCGCGGGUCUCUCGGGGCUGGCCUCCGCCCUGAAGAUCCUGGCCAUGGAGAGCACCCUGAAGGUGCGCAUCAUCGAGGCGAGUGGGGUCUUGGGCGGGCAGUUGGGCCAGAACAACACCCGAUUGGUGGACGCCGCCCAGCAGGAUAUGCUCUCCUUCCUGACCCUCAUCCAGCUGUCACCGCGGCGGAGGAGGUACGACAGUGGCAGGAUGCGGCGGUGCUGGGAUCUGGACAGAGGACUCACCGCGCUGCCGGCCAAGUUCGAGCUGGGAAGAUACAUCGAGAUGCUGGAUCUGCGGAUGUUCAAGUUCCGAUCGAAACGGUUCAACCUGCGGGAGCGAGUCUCCAACAUGGAACAGCACAUCUGCCAUCAUUUGUUCUUCAACAAAUCCCGGAACUUCAUGCUCAACCUGGUGGAAGUGGUCUGCGGAGUGCCCGCCAAUGAGGUGGACUACGAUGUCUUCAUGUCCGUCUGCAGUUCUUGUGGAGGCCUCAAAACGCUGAUCGACUUCUACUUCACCUACCCGAGCAGUUUCUACGAGGUGCCCACGCAGAUGCUGAUAGAGAGCAUCUUGGAGCAGAUGCAGUUCACCAAGAUUGUGCUGAACUGCAAGGCAGUGAAAGUGGAGCACUUCAAGAACUAUGUGCAGGUCAUGGAUAGUCUGGGGGUUGGGCACACGGCGCAGGCUGUGAUCCUGGCCAUACCCUGGAAUAAAGUGCAGAAACUGCAGUUCGAGCCCCGCAUUCCGAGGGCCUUUCUGCCCCCCAUGGCCACCAAAGCUGGCAAGAAUCCCCCACGCCGGCUGAUCACUCAGUUCCAGCUGCGAUAUGCCAAAUCCUUUUGGUCGGAUCUGGGUUACUCCGGCAACUUUCUCAGCUCCCAGCCGCUGGUCAGUGGUCACGAGUGCCGGAUGUCCACCUUCUGUGGCUACAUGCUGCACUCGCCAGAGGAUGGGGAGGAGGUUCUGGGGGAGGUGAUGGAUCUGCUGGCCAGCCACUUUGGCGAGGAGAUGCGAGAGCCCCUGGAGAGCCAGUGCUCCACGGAUGAGCUGAAUGUGGUGCUGCACAAGCCGCAAACGAAGCCCUGGCACCGGGUCAUCUGGUCCAGCUCCUCCGCGGUGGGCACCAACUAUCGCAGCCUGAUGGGCGGGGCGGUGCAGAGUGGCUUCCGGGCGGCGGUGAAUGCGCUCUUCGUGGUCCGGCCCCAGGUGGUCAGCUGGAAGGAUAUGCUGGACGACAGGCCGAAGGGUGCCCAGGAGGGGGCACGCGCCUCGGGCAGAAUCCGGGGACUCCUCAGCCGCCUCAAUCUCUACAACGUGACAUUCUACAGCCUCUUCGUGCUCGGACUCAUCUGGCUGCUGAACUUCGGCUACGCCAGGUCGUCCCCGUAGGGAUUGCCUAGAAAUUAAAGUGCUUGUUUUCGAAGACGA